CCUCAAAAAGUGGGAGUGCACAAAGAACUCAUCUGAGAAAGGGCAAAAUGUGUCUUGGGAAAUUAAUAAUAGACAGAGUGCAUCUACCAAAAAUGAGGCGAGAGACUUGAGAAAAUUGCAAAAACUGAAAGUAAUGCGAACAUUUAAAACUGCAUUUUUAAAGUACUCGCAUACUAAAAAUGCAUUAAACAAGUCCGUUCAUAGAUAAAUUCAUGUGGAUUGGGCAGAUUCGGGUGUAUUUAGGGCCGGUUUGGCAUAAUAAAAAAGUCAGAUUAUUUUUUUUAUCUCUAUUUAAUUUUUAUCUUAUUUGUUGUUUUUGCAUCAAUUUUUGGGUGAUUAUUUUGACGUGAUGAAUUUAAAAGGUACAAAAGUAUGAACCAGAUUAAUUUUUUUUGAAUAUACACAAAAAUAAUUCAAAAAGUCUAUGUUUUGAAUAAUUUUUGUUUUAGUGAACUUUUUUUUUAACAUUUUGAUUUUAUUUUUUGAAUUUUUUUUUAAAGUACCGAGUAAAGACAAGUGAAUUGAGAGAGAGAGAGAGAGAGAGAGAGAGGUGCGAGAUGGUUUUACGAGCUGUCGGUCAGGACGCGCCAGAAUGAUCCAUAUCCGAUAGACAAGCAAGGAUCGUCUGCAGCAGGGACGAGUCGGCGAAUUUAGGGUUUCUUGACCUAAAAGCUCCAUCGGAUUGACCAGAAAUUCUCUUGCAGGGUUGUGUUACAUACCUAGAGCGAUGGAGUUUUGCCCAAGUUGUGGGAUCUUGUUGCAAUAUGAGUUACCCAAUAUGAGCUGCCCAGCCAGAUUCUUCUGCCCAACUUGUCCCUAUGUAUGUCAUAUAGAGAGCAAGGUUAAGAUAAAGAGAAGGCAACAUUUGGUUGAGAAAGAGGUUGAACCCAUCUUCUCCAAAGACGACAUGAAGAAUGGGCCCACAACCGAAGCAACAUGUCCAAAUUGCAGUUUUGGGAAGGCUGUUUUCCAGCAACUUCAGAUCAGGUCAGCUGAUGAGCCUAUGUCGACAUUUUAUUGGUGCUUGAAUGAGAAAUGCGGACAGCAGUGGCGUGAAGACUAAAUAUUGCCACCUCUUCCUCUUAUGGCCGUUUUUCCUAUUGCAUGAGAAUCCCAUUCGGUUUGUCCAAUUUUGGAUUUUCUUGGACAAUUGAAUUAGUUUCUUUCAGCUGGAUUUGCUCUAGGGAUAAGCGUAACAUUCUCGGAUCUACUUAGAACUUGUACAAAUUAAUGCACUGUUAUCAAAUCCCGUAGCUGUUUUCUUUUAUUUUCUUUCGUGUUCUCCAUUUUUUAUUCUAUAUUGACUGUAUCCAAUUUGUUUUGAUUCUUGAGUAGUGGUUUUCUUAUUCGAAUUUUUUUUUUCUGUGGAGCGGGACAUUACUAUUUACUUGUUUGGAUAAAGCAAAUGUUCUACA